AGGUCGCGGCCCCGCGCACACGCGCGCACUCACAGCUCAUCCACUAUUGCUCAGGAGCCCGUCCACGCCCUAAAAGCAAAACCCUUAACCAAUCAUUGCAGCCGCGUGGGGCAUCACGGGAACUCCGGGGCUAUAAAAGACCUGGUUGCUAUUUUGUACUCCCGGAGUCACUCAGCCCUUAAGCAAGUAGGGUGGGGUUAGGUGCGCGUGCGCGGUUUUAAUACUCCUCCCCGAACUGCCAACUCUUGACGCACGCGAAGUAGGCCCCACCCUGCCUGGAUUUACGCGUGCGCACUAACGGGCCUGGUCCCGGAAGACCACACGCGUGCGUGGUGGGGACUACGGUGACAGUACCACGGGUGGGGCGAGGGCCAGUCAUGGCGGAGUCCUGGUCUGGGCAGGCCUUGCAGGCUCUGCCGGCCACGGUGCUGGGCGCGCUGGGCGCGCUGGGCAGCGAGUUCUUGCGGGAGUGGGAGGCUCAGGACAUGCGCGUGACCCUCUUCAAGCUGCUGCUGCUGUGGUUGGUGUUAAGUCUCCUGGGCAUCCAGCUGGCGUGGGGGUUCUACGGGAAUACAGUGACCGGGUUGUAUCACCGUCCAGGUCUGGGUGGUCAGAAUGGAUCCACGCCUGAUGGCUCCACGCAUUUCCCUUCGUGGGAAAUGGCAGCAAACGAACCUCUCAAAACCCACAGAGAAUAAGGGAAGGCAGCAGAGGGUCUCCAAGGGCAUCACUGGGUCUGCUGGCUUCUACACUGGGUUCUGCUACUCCCCAGACCUCAGGGACAACUGCCGGGGGUUCAGGGUUGGUAGCAGGGAGUACCCAGUGCCUACAGGGCUGGUCCUCUUCUGCCUCUUAACCCUGCUCCCUCACCCAGGCACUGGGCAAGUGAAGAGUUUGCCUGUACUCUUAUCUGGAUGCCUUAAGGAGAGAGAUUGUGUGCUUCCUCUCUCAGGGGUGAUAACUCAGGAAGCCUCUGGGUUGGGAAGACCAUCAGUUCUUUUGUCUUAGGUUUCUUUUCCUGUCCCUCUUCCCAUCCCCAAGAUGUGACCCCAUAAAAAUUUUUCCUGAAUUGGCCAGGUAUGGUGGCUCACGCCUGUAAUCCCAACACUUUGGGAGGCUGAGGCAGGCAGAUCACGAGGUCAGGAGUUCAAGACCAGCCUGACCAACAUGGUGAAAACUCCAUCUCUACUAAAAAUACAAAAAUUAGCCGGGUGUGGUGGCACACACCAGUAAUCCCAGCUACUCAGGAGGCUGAAGCAGGAGAUUUGCUUCAACCUGGGAGGCAGAGUUGCAGUGAGCCAAGAUUGCGCCGUUGUACUCCAGCCUGGGCAACAGAGCAAGACGCAUCUCAAAAAAAAAUUUUUUUUCCUGAGAGGAAGCCUGAGGUUGACCAGCUCUGGGGUUUGUAAGGCAGGUCUGUUUUCUCCUAGGCCCUGAGUUUUCUGAAUCUCUGGUUUUGCUUUGUUGGCAAGGAGCCAGGGAAUCCUGACCUGAGCCAGACCUUAAGCUCUAUGGUUAUUUAGCUGGCCAUUCAGGUAUAAGGCAGGGUGGUGUACCUGCUGGCACUAUCCAGAUGGAAGCACCAAACACCCACAUACCUGGCCCAACCAGACUUCUCCCGUGAGCCAGGCAAAGGAAAUUGUCAUCUGCCAACUGUCCUACUCAUAUUCCUCUUAGUCCUUCUUGGGGUUAAGCUGAUUACCUGAAGGAGGACAGCUGAACCCCUGGGGUAGCCUCCUACCCACCACUGCUUAAGUGCCUAUGGGAAUGUGGGUCUGUACCUUGUCCCCUCAUAGGAUGGUACCAAGCAUUUAGUGCACAGUGGCCCCAUCAUAGCCUGCAGCCUCAUCAUUUCCCAUCUGGACCUGGUACAAAUGCACGUCACAGGCUCAGCUCCUCCCCACUAGCAUCUUCUCUACCUUCAAGAACCAGGCAGCCCUGCCAUGUCACAAUAGGCCAGGGGAGUUUCCAAAGAUGUGGGUGGCAAAUGCCCCUAUAGAAACACCAGUACCUGAAAGCACUGUAGCCUUGGACCUGCCUCCUUCCCUCGGGGCCAUACUUCUGUUUCCAUCUGCUGGGCCACCAGCCACUUUAGUGACCCCUGCCUACUUCCUCCCUGUGGGAUAUCAUACUUCCAUCUGGCUGCCUUUGCCUAAGCCAUUUUUGUGGUAGAGGGGCCCUGGAAUUGCGGCUGUACUGAGGAUGAUGUUAUUCACAGCCCCUGGCCCACCCACUAAUACUACUGCACAGAGUCAGGAUCUCACAUUUCACCCCAGGCUCAACUGAGGAUGUGGCUUAUUAAACACGGAAGUGCA